AUGAUAAAUUCUUUACUUAUCAAGCUCCUAGUUGUGCUCUCCUUAGCUUCGGCCAAUAUGGCCUCGCCUAUUGCUUUUCAUCAUUUGAAGAAAAGAGCCAUUACUCAAACUGCCUAUAUUACUGCUGCGGAGUAUGUUACAACCACCAUCGAAGUCAGCGAGGGCGAGAAUAAAGAUGUCUCAACAACUUCUAGUGCCACUAGUACUGGUUCUAUUUCAUAUGCUACCGCAUCUGUCACUUCAUCAUAUAUAUCAUCGUCUGCCGCUCUGAGCACAUCUACUUCUUCCAGUGCUUCUAGUUCUGCUUCCUCUUCUUCUCAAGUCAGCAACACUACAGAAAGUGGAAGUAAAGGUAUCACUUAUUCUCCAUACACAAGUAGUGGUGGUUGUAAAGACUUGUCUACUGUGAAAUCAGACUUCGCAAAACUUACUGAUUUUGAUGUGAUCAGAAUUUACGACACCGAUUGUAGUCAAGUUGAAAACGUCUUGCAAGCCAAAUCUGACUCCCAAAAAAUCUUUGUUGGUAUCUUUUAUGUGAGUAGUAUUGAUAGUUCAGUUUCCACCAUUGCUAGUGCUGUUGGUAGCUAUGGAAGUUGGGAUGACAUCUAUGCCGUCUCCGUUGGUAAUGAACUCGUCAACAACAAUGAGGCUAGUGUCAGUGAUAUCCAAAGCUAUAUUAGUCAAGCCAAAUCAGCUCUUUCUGCCCACAAUUAUAAUGGCAAAGUUGUUUCUGUGGAUACUUUCAAUGCGGUGAUUGCCCACACAGAACUUUGUACCGCUGGUGACUUUAUUGCUAUCAAUGCUCAUGCAUUCUUUGACUCCACUUGUUCUGCUGCAAAUGCUGGAGAAUGGCUUAAAAAGACUAUUGAAGAGGUUGCCUCGGCUUGUAAUGUGGACCUGGACCAGAUUUUAAUUACAGAAUCUGGUUGGCCUUCUGCUGGUAAUGACAACGGUGAUGCCAUUCCCGGCGAAGACAAUCAAACGACUGCUAUUUCUGCCAUUAAGGAAACAGUGGGAGAUCAAGUAUUAUUAUUCACUGCCUUUAAUGACUUAUGGAAACAACCAGGAGCCUUUGACGUUGAGCAACAUUUUGGUAUUCUCUCCUAG